AUUUUUUUUUCCCGGACAGUCUCGCUCUUUUGUCGACAUCUGUUUUCAUUGCAAACUACUGUUGCAUAUUCGUUUCUGCACCUUGCGCAUACGAAAAGUUUUCAGGUACAUCCGUGGUUAUUACCUCUGCGAGCCAACUAAGUUUGCGUUAUAAAUACCUAGCACGGUCCACCCAGGGUUUCUUCAUUUCAUAGUCCUUCAUUAACACAACCGACCAAAAAUGUCCGACUUUAUUGGCGAAUUUGCCGAAGUUGUCAGAAGAGAUACCUGUGACACUGGGAAUGAGUACAAUGGGUUGAUGGGUGUGAGAAUCUCGUCCAUUUUCGUGAUUCUUAUAGGCUCCGGGUUCGGUGCGUUUUUCCCCAUCUUGGCUUCAAGAUACUCGUUCAUCAGAAUGCCAAACUGGGUGUUUUUCUUCAACAAGUUCUUUGGCUCCGGAGUCAUUGUUGCUACAGCGUUCAUUCACUUGUUGCAACCAGCCAACGAAAACUUGACGGAAGAAUGUUUAGGCGAAGGAUGGCUGGUAUACCCAUACGCCUUCGCAAUCAUGCUUGUCACGUUAUUUAUUUUGUUUCUCUCGGAACUUCUUGUUUUCAGAUUGGUGGAUAAAAAGCUUGCCGGUGAAUCCGAAGAAGGCCACUCUCAUUCGCAUUUUGGUGAUGAGAAAGCAUACGUGAAGAAAGGCAGCGAUGAUGACGACGAAGACGAAGCUUCAACCAGCGAGGAUAAAAACACGGAAACACCUAAAGUCGAAUCGCAAUAUCCGUCCCAUUUCUCGCAUGCCUCCGAGCACCAGGACAUGGAAGUGUUGGGCACGCCCAUGGACAAGAAAGACAAGGAGCAAUAUUUCGGCCAAUUGGUGUCUGUCUUUGUGCUUGAGUUUGGUGUGAUUUUCCACUCGAUCUUCAUUGGGUUGACUUUGGCCGUUUCCGGAGAAGAGUUUAAGACUUUGUACAUUGUCAUUGUUUUUCACCAGACCUUUGAGGGCUUGGGUUUGGGCUCACGUAUCGCCACUACCGUGUGGCCAAAAAACAAGAGAUGGACGCCCUGGAUGUUGGCCCUUGGAUAUACGCUAGUCACACCCAUUGCAAUUGCCAUUGGCUUGGGUGUGAGGAACUCGUACCCACCUGCAUCUUCUACUGCUUUGAUCACCAACGGUGUGUUUGAUGCCAUAUCUGCUGGAAUUUUGGUGUACACUGGGCUUAUUGAAUUGAUGGCCCACGAGUUUUUGUUUUCCGGCGAGUUCAAGGGCGAAGGUGGAACCAAACGCAUGCUCCAAGCUUAUUUUUCUAUGUGUUUUGGUUGUGGUAUUAUGGCCUUGUUGGGGAGAUGGGCCUAGACGGCCUCGACGAAGAGGUUCCUUUAUUUCUGCAGAAUGAGAAAUCUCAUUUCUUUUGUUCUCGUGUCAUCAAGGAUGCCGAGAAACACUUUGAAUACAUAGUGACAUCUAAUCUUAAUGCUUUUAAUUUUCAAAAUGACGCA